AUACUAAAACAAGUACACUCAUCCUCUCCACCGCUCUCUCUCCUCGCACUCUGUCUCCGUCGCCGCCUCUCACCCCUCUCGCCGCCUCUCUCUGUCUCGCAGCUUUUCCGUGACUCAGUCUCGGCGUCUCUCGCACAAGAGUUCGACUACAGAAGCGAUUCUUACCAGGUACUCUACUGGCUCUCCAGCCUAACAAGCACAGAUGAGAACUUUAUCACUAAAUCUGGUGCCCAAUGUGUUGCUUCAAGUGAGGUUUUGCACUGAUUGCACCAGAUACAUCUCCAAGUGCAUAAUUUCAACUGAUUUCUAUCUAGAUCUGCUGAAUCAUCUGAGAAAAAAAACAGGAUAAUAUGAAUUGAUUAUCCAGGAUUAUCCAGACUUACAGUUCCAGUGUGCGAUGGUGGCAGUCUACUAGAUGGAGUGGCAAGUUUUUGAGUAGUAGAUUUAGGCCUGGGCGUAAUAUGGGUUUCACCCGAAUUUUGACGGGUUCAACCCGAAAACUCAUAAUUCAGUUCUAAACUCGGCAACGUGGGGCGCAUCUCAACAAAUGAGUUCCGUCCUCAAAAGAAAUUUUAAACCAAAAAUCUUAGCCUUUGGGCGCAGAUUCAUAUGCUCUGUCAUAGCUCUUGAAACCCCGUCUGUUUUCUCAGAUCAACAUGGACAAAACUGCGCUAUAUCCGAUCAAUGUUGCUCCCUUGAAGAACACAGUAAAUCACCAAACCUCGCCCUCUCAAAAACCAAAAUCCUGCACUCUCGUUUUCUGAGAGCCCACAUUUUAGACGAAGAUUACUCAGCUAUCAAGUAUUUGUUGGAUGGGUACUACAAGUGUUCAAGAAUGGACUAUGCAGUCAAAUUGUUUGAUAAAAUGGCUAUCCCGUAUACAUUUUGCUGGAACCUGAUGAUUUCAGGUUGUAACAAGGCUCUAUUGUUCAGUGAGUCAUGGGAGUACUUUUGUAGGAUGCAUGUGUCAGCUAUAUGUAUGGAUAGGUUUACAUAUGGAGGAGUUCUGUCUGCUUGUGAAGCUUUGCAAUCUGUGGCUUUUGGGGAGCAGGUUUAUGGUCUUGUAAUGAAAAAUGGGUUCUUUUCAAAUGGGUAUGUGAGGUCUGGAAUGAUAGAUUUGUUUGUGAAGAGUUGUAGGUUUGAUGAUGCUUUAAGGGUUUUUUACGACUUUCAGUGUGAUAAUAUAAUUUGUUGGAAUACAAUUAUAUCAGGAGCGGUUAAAAAUAGAGAAUAUUGGGUUGCUAUAGAUAAGUUUAUUCAAAUGUGCACUGGGUCUUUGAUGCCAAAUGGUGUUACAAUCUCAAGUGUAUUAAAAGCUUGUGCUCAAGUUAAAGAGUUUGAGAUGGGGAAGAUGCUCCAUGUGUGGGCAAUAAAAUGUGGUUGUGCAAAAGAUGACUUUGUGGAGACAGCUCUAAUCGAUAUGUAUGCAAAAGGUGGGUUUAUGAAUGAGGCUGUAAAGGAAUUCAUUCAGAAGCCAGUACGGAAUGUUGUUUCUUGGACAGCUAUGAUAAAUGGUUUUGUCCAGAAUGAUGAUUAUGUUUCAGUGUUUCAGUUAUUUGAUGAAAUGAGAAAAAAGGAGGUGGACAUAAAUAGUUAUAACAUCUCCAGUGUGCUCACAGCUUGUGCUAAGCCAGUUAUGACUAUAGAAGCAAUGCAAAUCCAUUCCUUGAUCUUUAAAGCUGGAUUCUAUCAGGACUCAUUGGUUAAAACUUCUUUGAUCAAUACGUACUCAAAGAUUGGGGCAGGUGAUUUAUCUGAAAUGGUUUUUGCAGAGACUGAAGAUCUCAAGCACAUAGGCUUGUGGUCUAAUAUGAUUUCUGCUUGUUCGCUAGGCUGGAAUCCCUCUAUGGCAAUCCAUUUGUUUCAGAGAAUGUUUCAUGAGGGGUUGAAGCCUGACGAGUUCUGUUGUUCUAGUGUUUUAGGUAUUGUGAACUGUCUAUACCUAGGAAGGCAGAUUCAUAGCUACACUCUCAAAUUUGGCUUAAUCUGUGAUGUUAUUGUGUGCAACUGCCUUUUCACAAUGUAUUCCAAUUGUUAUAGUUUAUUGGAAGCUUACACAAUUUUUAAACUUAUUGAAUGCAAAGAUAAUGUUUCUUGGGCGUCAAUGAUUUCUGCUUUUACAGAACAUGGUUAUAUAGAUAAAUCGAUUCAGUUGUUUAUAGAGAUGCUCUCUGAAAAAAUUAUGCCUGAUGAAAUGACAUUAAGUGCUGUCCUAGCUGCAUGUUCCACCCUUCAGUCUUUGAAGAUUGGUAAAGAAAUUCAUGGCUUUUCUCUUCGAUGCAGAAUAGAUGAGUCGGUCAUUGCUGAUAGUGCACUGGUGAAUAUGUACACAAAGUGUGGAGAUCUAGUUUCAGCAAGGAGAUUGUUCCUUAUAAUGCCCUAUAAAGAUAAGUUUUCAUGUUCCUCCUUGAUUGCUGGAUACACUCAAAAUGGUUACAUUGGUGAAUCCUUUCAAGUGUUUCAUGAAAUGCUCAUGAAUUAUUUGCACGUUGAUGCUUUCACAAUUUCAUCUAUACUUCGCUCUGCUGCACAUUUGAACCGAUCUGGUAUUGGUACCCAACUGCAUGCCCAAAGUAUAAAAUGGGGAUUAGAAUCAGAUUCUUCUGUAGGAACUUCAAUGGUUAUGAUGUAUUCAAAAUGUGGAAGCAUUGACGAGUGCUGCCAAGCAUUUAAACAAAUACGGAAUCCUGAUUUAAUUAGCUGGACAGCCAUGAUUGUAAGCUAUGCUCAACAUGGAAAGGGAGUUGAGGCUUUAAAAGUUUAUGAGCUCAUGAGGAAAUGUAACAUCAAGCCUGAUUCUGUGACGUUUUCUGGUCUUCUUUCUGCUUGUAGUCAUUCUGGUUUGGUAGAAGAAGGGUAUUUCUUCCUGAAUUCAAUGAAAGAAGAUUAUGGGAUAGAGCCUAAUUACCAUCAUUAUGCCUGCAUGGUAGAUGUUCUUGGUCGUUCAGGUAGACUGAAAGAGGCUGAAAGGUUCAUUUAUACGAUGCCUAUAAAACCUGAUGCUUUGGUCUGGACAACAUUACUUGCCGCUUGCAAGGUGCAUGGUGAAAUUCAGCUUGGAAAGCUAGCGGGUGAAAAGAUUAUGGAACUGGAGCAGUGUGGAGCUGGAACAUAUGUUUCUUUGUCAAAUAUCUGGGCAGAUGUGGGCCAGUGGGAGGAAGUCUUGAAAACAAGAAGUGCAAUGAGAGGAACUGGGGUAGAGAAGAAACCUGGAUGGAGUUAUUUAUGAAGCUUUGUCCUAUAAUUCUACAUACUCAGCAGUUUGUGCGCCUAACCAAUCUUUCUAUAGCAAGUCCUUUCUCCCCUAAUUCCCUCCUUCCAACCAAACGGCCAUAGGCUUAAAAUCGUCUGACAGCUUUCUCUCUCUACUCCUCCCAAAGCCGCUCUCUUCUGCCUUUCUCCGCUGUUCAGCACCACCGGUUCUUACCAGGUUAAGACUGAAGGUAAAGGCUUCAAUUUUAAGGAUGCGGAAGGGUUCAAAGAGCGGCGUGGGCAAGUCUGCAUCUUACCAGCUCAGCUCUUCAAGGACGGGGCUAAGAAUCAGGUGGAUGAUCUGCAGGGAUGUUCACUAAUUUGCAGUCCUUGAGGAAAGAGAGCCGUAGUUCUGAAGUGGCAGUGCUUGAGGAGCCGCUUAACCAGGUGCUUCGGGAGUGGAAGGUCGAGCUCAAUGGGCCCUCCCUCCCCUGCAUCUUAUUUGCAGGUAACUUGCAAGUCGACUCUUUGAACCUCUGUUUGGUUGUGUUUGUGAUUGCGAAUUACUCGGGAGGGAGUUUGGGAUUUUUAACACAUCACACAUUUAUAGAUCGGUGAGGAUGAAGAUGACGGCAGCAGUGCAUUAGCUGCCCCAAAGUCUGAACCUUUUGAUGCGCAAAAACUUGGUGCUGCUGCUGGCAUAACAAUCGUGCAAUCAUUACUAUAAAUCAAUUUACAUUAAUUCUUCCAAAAAGAAGCGCAAUAUCAUUUUAAAUAUUUUAAUUAGAAAUUUUUAAUGAUAUAUUUUUUAUAUAUUAAUUUUAGUUGAAA